AUGCAAACAGCCCUUCUGUGCCUGUGCCUGUGCCUGCUCAGCACGGCCCUCUCGACACCCGUGAGUAUGGCUCUCCCUGGCUUCCCAGCGUGCUGCCAAAAGGGUGGGGUGUACCACCCAGUGUGCCCCAGCACGCUUUCAGCAGCAGGAAAGCAUGCGCUGUACUUGCAUGUAGUUGCGGGGGAAGAAGGGGGGUGUGUUGAGAUACUGCUGAAAGGCUGCAAUGCCAAGCAUGGUUUCUACAUUUUCAAAUAUGUCUACUCAUUUUCAACGCGGAGGAACCAGACACAGAUAAAGAAGGAAGAGGCCGAUAGCCAGAGAGUCAUCCCUGGCCACCAGCUGGGUGAGGACAAUGCCAGGCUGGGGCCAAUGGAGCAUGGGGCAGCCCCGGAGCAAGGUGACAAUGACAGCACUGAUGUGAUGGAGAACAGGAUCAGCCUCAAACCUGAAAACCGCAGCACCCCAGGUGGUGGUGAUGCUCACAGUCCUCACCCAGUCACUGGCACGCGAGCGCGCGGUGGUGUUGGCAUCGCAAGUCCCACCCCAGCCAGCUCAGAGGGCAGCGGUGACUUGGAUUUAGUGGUUGAAGUCAAUGGUGGUGUUUCCAUUCUCCUGCAGGGCCCCAGAGAGGUUGUGGCAGGGAACAGAUCUGAUGUCAGAAGUGAGGACAGGGACGAUGGUGCCCCUGGGGGGAUUCCAAUGGAGGGGGCCAUGACAGACGGGAGGGAGAGGGACCCUGCCACUGGAGGAGCUGUGGACGAGGGUAGCGGUGAGGCCACUGUCCCUGGCCAAGGGCAGGAAGGCAUCAUGCGGGGCACAGGGGCAGGAGGCGCUGCUCUCACCUCUGUCACCGAGAAUAUGGAGGACAUACAAGUUGACACCAAAGGUGUGGAUGAAUAUGCUUACAUCCCCGACUCAGGCAGUGUCACCAUCACUCGUGGGAAGGUGGGCAGCACCAGCUUAACCCAAAUAUCUCCAGACAAGGAUGACGAAGUCAACAUUUUCAUUGGGAGGGCGAACAUCCACGUGGGGGAGCAAGAAACUACCCAGGCCAGUGCCACUGUUGGCAGUGAGGAUGACAGCAUCUCUACUGCAGGAACCAGCAGCCCCCUACCCAAGCUGGGCAUCACUGCGGCAUACGAUAGUGUCGAUGAUGAUGGUAUCUCUGCUCGCAAGCAGCCUGAAGGACUGGCCACCACAGCCACCUCGAGCCAUGGGGACAGUGUCACCAGCAGCCCCGGGGAUGACCAUCCCACAGGAGACAAUGAAGAUGGUGCUACCACCGUUGGUGAUGGAGAAGGACCAGUGGCCCCCAGCUCCUGGAGGGUUGCUGGUGGGGGCAUUACUAUCCCAGCGGGGGCUGGCAUCCGUGAGAAAGGCGAUGAUGAGGCAAGAGGUGAGGGGCAGAGGUUCGAGGGGAGGCCGGGCCGCCCGGCUGCCACCACCCCCCGACAGGGGGGUGACAAGGAGGCUGCUGCCACUGUCCCAGACAAGGAGGCCAGCAUCCGCCUGGGCAUCACCGUGGCCUCCCCCGGGGUGGGUGAGGGGGACUGCACCACUGCUCUGGGGAUGGCCAGUGGCCGCAAGGCAGAGGAGAGUGCCAUGGCGGGGAGAGGCCAGUACGUGCAGCAGUACUGGGAAUAG